CUGCCGCGCGCCUGCGGGGCCCGGCCGCUUGCUCGCCGCGGGGGCUUCUGGCUGCACUUCCGCUUCUGCAGCCGCGCGGCGGCGACGGCGGAGCCACGUGCGGUGCGGGGUUACCGGACGGGGGCGGCCGGCGACGUGGGUGCAGCAGUCGGGGCUCGGGCUGGGUCCCCGGGUCGCCGCGACGAGACCUCUUCCCCGUGCUUGUCUGGGCUGAAGGAACCCGGCCCCCUGAGUGGGGAUCCGGCCCUACGGACGAGCAUAAGCGUUCUCCGCAGAGCAGCUACCCGGUCGUUGAGGUAAUGUCGGAGCUCAGCGAUGAAGCCAGUGAGCCAGAACUCCUGAACCGCAGCUUGUCCAUGUGGCAUGGGCUGGGUGCUCAGGUCAGCCGGGAGGAGCUGGCCGUCCCCUUGGAUCUUCACACAGCUGCUUCCAUCGGCCAGUAUGAAGUGGUGAAGGAAUGUGUGCAGCGGAGAGAGUUAGAUUUGAAUAAGAAGAAUGGUGGUGGCUGGACCCCACUGAUGUACGCCUCCUACAUUGGACAUGAUACCAUUGUGCACCUGCUGCUUGAGGCGGGGGUGAACGUGAAUGUGCCGACCCCAGAAGGGCAGACUCCGCUGAUGCUGGCUUCCAGCUGUGGCAACGAAAGCAUUGCCUACUUUCUCCUCCAGCAAGGUGCUGAGCUGGAAAUGAAGGACAUUCAAGGCUGGACUGCCCUCUUCCACUGCACCAGCGCUGGGCACCAGCAGAUGGUCAAGUUCCUGUUGGACAGUGGAGCAAAUGCCAACGUGAGGGAGCCGGUGUAUGGAUUUACUCCUUUGAUGGAAGCAGCUGCUGCUGGCCAUGAAAUAAUUGUGCAGUAUUUCCUUAAUCACGUGGAAGGUUUGUGGAGACCCUGCGUCGAGCAAGUCUGCGGGUACCAUUUUUCCAACAGCAUUCAUUCACUCUGCAUCUCUGUGUCUCAUUUUGUAUUCACUUUAUUGUGGGGUCUGGAACGAACCUGCAGUGUCUCUGAGGGAGUCCGAGUGGACACAAGAGACCACAGUGGGGCCACAGCCCGGAUGCUGGCCAAGCAGUAUGGACACAUGAAGAUCGUCGGGUUGAUAGAUGCUCACUCGCCUUCUCUGCCCAAGAACCUCUAUCGGAGCCCAGAAAAAUUUGAAGAUCUAAGCUCUUCAGAUGAAUCCUGCCCUGUUCCCCAGAGACAGAAGCUCUAUCGGAAAAAGGGCCUCAGCAUCCAUGAGGGGCCCCGAGCCUUGGCCAGGAUCACAGCUAUCGGACUUGGAGGCAAGAUCCAGCAGCCUUGCUGUGAGCAGGUGCCUCCACAGGGCUAUGUCACCUUCCACAGCAGCGAUGAGAACCCACUGGAUGUGGGGGGCCUCUGCUACAGGGAUGUCACGUCCCCUAUCAACGACCGGGAUGGGGACAGCAGCAGCAGCAGCAGCCGGGAAGAGCAUGCCUUCUGUGCCAACCUGGGAGCCGUGAGGCGCAGCAGCAGCAGUGAGGGCUUGAUGAGAGCCCCAGGAGUCAGCAGUGAGGCCUCUCUGGAGAGCAACGAGGAUUCGGAUCAUGCCUGUAAAAGUUCAGUUCGCAAGCAAACUAAAAGUUAUAUGAAGACCAAGAAUCGUUACAGCAACAGUGACAACCAGUGGCCUACCAGCACCGGGACUUCUGGGGCAGCCUGUUCCCCAGGAUGCAUUCCUCAGACAGAGAGGGCCCCCUAUUCAGGACCUCAGGACCUCGCCACGCUGCUGGAGCAGAUUGGGUGUCUGAAGUACCUGCAGCUGUUUGAGGAACAGGAUGUGGACCUCCGCAUCUUCCUGACCCUCACUGAGAGCGACCUGAAGGAGAUUGGCAUCACGUUAUUUGGGCCUAAGAGGAAGAUGACCUCUGCCAUUGCCCGCUGGCACAGCAGUGCCCGUCCCCCCAGCGAUGCCCUGGAGUUGGCCUAUGCUGACCGGCUCGAAGCUGAGAUGCAGGAGCUUGCCAUCCAGCUGCACAAACGCUGUGAGGAGGUGGAGGCCAUGCGAGGCCAGGUGUCGCAGGAGCAGGAGCUGCGGGCGGUGGUGGAGACCUGCCUCCUGGAGCAGGACGGUGCCCGUGAGGACGUGCGUGCCCAGCUGCAGGAGACGUGGGCCCUGGCCCAGGACGCUGCUCUCAUCUUGGACCAGCUGCGAGCCUGUCAAGCCGAGCUGUCAGCCAGAGUGAAGCAGGAGGUGUCCACCCGAGGGCUCCCCCUGGCCGCUGCCCUCCCCACAGCUGACUCCAAAGGCUGGCAGGCCUCCCUGCAGGCUCUGAGCCUCCCUGAGCUGUCAGGAACACUGGAGGAUCGAGUUCAGGAAAUGGGGCGAGUGCUAUGCUCAGUGACCCAGAGCUUGGAGAAGCUGCAGGUGCUGAACGGGAAGGAGAACUGGCGGGAGCCUUAGCUGGGAGGGACGGCUUCUCUUUCCCUUCUCAGACUCCGACGUUGGGUGACUGAUCCACCCUGAAGCUGUGCCUGGAAGACAGGAGGGCAGAGUGUGGGCGCUGCCGUAGGCCGGGCCCCACUGGGCCAGAGGAUCAGGCCCCAGGAGCAGCCGGCAGAAGCAGGACAGGGCUGGGGCCGGGGCAGCAAGGCCCACACGGAGGCAGGACGAGGGCCUCCAGCCCAGAAUCUGGGGGUGAGUCCCAGAGCGGGCAGGGCCCUGUGGAGAGAGAGGAUCCCCAUACACCGCAGGUGCCCCACGGAAAGGACUGGGCGCCUGGGCAGCAUAUUGUCAUUUGCUGGAAAAUAAAAUGUGAGAUUUGCUGGUGAGGGGCUCCGUUCUGGUCCCAUGACACAGAUACUGGCUGACAGACCAAGGGGCAAGCCAUGCCGCGACCCCCACUUCAGGAACCUGGAACCUAGGCCCCUCCGUCAGGAGACCACCAUGCUCAGAGCAGGGCCGACAGGGUGAC